AUGAGCAUCCUUCUUGGAGCAAAUUUUUUUCGCAGAGGAGGUUAUUUAGGUUCAAUUGUGAAGUCCAACUUUAAUUCACGCCGUUUCCACAAUACAAAUAUGGCAUCAGAAAGUUAUACAGACUUUGGGCUGAAUUUUUUAAAGCCCGAUCUGGAUGAUAGGUCUUAUCGUUACAUUAAAUUGCCUAAUAAUUUAAAAGCCUUGGUAAUUCAGGAUCCAACGACAGAUAAGGCAGCGGCAGCAUUGGAUGUCAAUGUGGGGGCAUUCGAAGAUCCAGAAGACUUACCAGGAUUGGCACACUUUUGUGAGCAUCUACUAUUUAUGGGUUCCAAGAAGUUUCCAGAUGAAAACGAGUACUCGAGUUUCUUGAGUAAACAUGGCGGCUCCUCCAAUGCCUACACAGGUGCUACUAAUACCAAUUAUUAUUUUGAGGUUAAUCACGAGCAUUUGCAUGGUGCUCUAGAUAGAUUCUCAGGGUUCUUCUCAUGUCCUUUGUUUAAUAAGGAUUCAACUGAAAAAGAGAUCAAAGCAGUGGAUAGUGAGAAUAAAAAGAAUUUACAGAGCGACUUGUGGAGAUUUUAUCAGUUAGAUAAAAUCUUGACAAAUCCAGACCAUCCAUAUCAUAAAUUUUCAACUGGUAAUUUCAAAACUUUAAUGGAGAUUCCAAAAUCGAAAGGCGUUGAUACUAGAGAUGAAUUAUUGAAGUUUUACGACAGGUGUUACUCUGCUAACUUGAUGAAGCUCUGUAUUUUGGGACGUGAAGAUUUGGAUACUCUUUCUAAAUGGGCUUAUGAACUUUUCAAAGAUGUAUCGAACAGUGGCCGUCCCGCCCCCGAGUAUAGUGCUACCAUGUUGCAGAAAACGGAUUUGCAAAAGAUGAUUCAUGUCAAACCUGUCAAGGAUUUGAAGAAAUUGGAAAUUACUUUUGCCGCGCCGGAUGUUGAUAGAGACUGGGAAGCCAAGCCUAGCAACAUCAUAAGUCAUCUUGUCGGACAUGAGGGUUCCGGUUCCCUAUUGGCUCACCUUAAGGAUAUUGGACUCGCUAAUGGGCUGUCUGCUGGUGGGCAUACAGUAUCAAAAGAUAACGCUGUAUUUUCCAUCGAUGUUGAUUUAACAGAUGAAGGUCUGAAAAACUUUGAAGAUGUUACUGUCGCGGUCUUUCAGUAUAUUGAGAUGCUGAAACUUUCUCUUCCCGACAAACGUAUAUUUUUGGAGUUAGAAGAUAUUGAAAGAGCAGCGUUCAAAUUUACUCAGAAGGCUGGGCCAAGUAAUACUGUGUCUUCAAUUGCUAAACGCCUAGAAAAAGAAUAUAUUCCUGUUCAGAAUAUUCUCGCCACGAACCUUUUCACCAAAUAUGAACCUGAUGAGAUUACAAAAUACGUCAACUCCUUAACUGUGGAAAACUCUCGCAUAAUGAUAAUGUCCAAAAUCUCUAAAACGGACUCCGUAGAAAAGUGGUACGGUACGGAGUACUCUUUGGAAAGCUACAGCACUGAUUUCGCUAAAAGAUUGAAAAGUGCAGGUUUGAAUGCGAAAUUGCAUCUUCCUCGUCCAAAUGAAUUUAUCGCGACAAAUUUUAAUGUAGAUAGGAUUACUGAUAUAACACCUUUGGAGGAGCCGCUAUUAUUGAAAGAAGGAAAAUUUAGUAAAUUAUGGUAUAAAAAAGACGAUAGAUUUUGGCAGCCAAGAGGCUACAUAUACGUUUCGUUCAAACUUCCGCAUACCCAUGCCAGUAUUGUGAAUACAAUGUUAACCACGCUCUAUGUUCACUUAGUGAAUGACCAAUUGAAAGAUUUACAAUACGAUGCAUCUUGUGCAUACUCACAAUUAUCAUUUGUGAAGACUAACCAAGGUUUAGAUUUGACCAUCUCAGGAUUCAACGAUAAACUGACAAUUUUACUAAUUAGGUUUUUGGAAGGUGUCAAAAAUUUCUCUUUGGAUGCAAAAAGAUUCGAGAUUUUAAAAGAGAAGGCCAAGCAACAUUUGAAAAAUCAACUUUAUGAAACCCCAUACAUGCAGGUCUCUUCUUCCUACACGGCACUGAUAAAUGAAAGAUCAUGGCCACCAAGGCAAAAGCUUGAAGUCAUGAAUGAAAUAACUCUUGAGCAAAUGUCUUCAUUCGUCCCAACACUAUACGAGGAAAUGUUCUACGAAACUUUAGUGCAUGGCAAUUUCAAAUAUGACGAAGCAAAUGAAAUUGAUUCAGUAGUUGAGAUACUGCGCUCUACCACUGUAUCAAACCCACAAAUUAAGAAUAGCAGAUUAAGGUCAUUUUUAAUUCCUGAGGGCAAGACAUUGAGAUAUGAAAAAGAUUUAGAAGAUGCUGAGAAUGUCAACUCGUGUAUUCAACAAGUAACACAAAUUGGAACUAUUAACGAUGAAACUGCUGCCAAAAGUAAACUAUUCGCUCAAAUGAUCCAUGAACCAUGUUUCGAUACCUUAAGAACCAAAGAACAACUGGGGUAUGUUGUAUUCAGUUCAACGUUAAGUAAUCACGGAACAAUUAAUAUGAGGUUUUUAAUUCAGUCCGAACGUACCACGCCCUAUCUGGAAUGGCGAAUCGAUACAUUUUUAGAAGAAUUCGGCAAGGUUUUGGAGCAGAUGACAGAAGGUGAUUUUUCAAGACACAAGGAUGCACUAUGCAAAAGUUUACUUCAAAAAUAUAAAAACAUGAGGGAGGAAAGCUCCAGGUUUAGUACAAGCAUCUAUCUCGGUGAUUAUGACUUUACAAAUCGUAGAACUUUGGCAAAAUUGAUAUCAGAGCUGACAAAGAAGGAUAUGAUGGAUUUUUACAACUCAUAUAUCGUAGGCCCAAAGGCUUCAAAAAUCAUUUUACACUUGAAGUCGCAGAAGGUUUCCAAUGAGAACGAUGAGUCUCUGCUUGAUAAGGACAGCUAUCCAAGUGGUGAAUUGAUUAAAGAUAUUGGUGAGUUCAAGUCAGGAUUGUUCCUCGCACCAGUACGUCAACCUGUAAAAAAGUUUGAUAUUUUCACACCAAGAUUGUGA